GUGAUAUCGGUGUUUACAUCUUGGAAGUUGGAAGUUGGAGCAAAUCCUUGGCCAAAGUCGAUAGGAAGAGAGAGCAGAGUGCCAUAAUGCAAGUGCUAAUCUGUAAAACUUAGCACAACCUCGAUCCACUAAAUUACCUAGGUCCAGAAAACCUCAGGCCAUAAAUGUGUUGUACCUGCAUCACUAGCGGCUCGGAGAUAUUCUGCGACUCUGGGCCUUGGUUGGUUUCUCGACACUUACUCUCUCACACAUGUACCAUGCAAUGCAUACCUCGUGCAUUUGUAAUGCAGUAAGGUAGCUUUCGACAACAUCCAAUGCAGCAAAUGAAUGCAAGCUACAGGAGACGCAUUGGAUGUGAGCUUUCUGUUCAUCCUGCGAGACUAGAGCCGAAAUCCUUAAAGGACUACUUAGGCGAAUACGUGUCCCGAGCUGCAAACUCAAACCGGCUUUAUUCGAAUCUUGCGAUGUGGUGCCAACAAAACCCGGUAUGCCUAUCAAUUGUUGUGAUACCUCGCGGCAUUCAUUUUAUUAGCCAGUCGCACAGCAUCCAGCAUCCAGCAUCCAGCAUCCGCACCGCGGCGCUGACGUCUUGCUUGCGGACCAAAGACGGGGAGAUCUUAUUAAGGGAGAUCCCAGCCCAUAGGAUUUCCGUUCCCCAAGAUACCCCUCGUAGAUCAAACGCGGCAAGCGUCGAUGUGUCGCGUGGGCGUGUCAUGGAACUCUCCUCCUCGUAUGUGUCUUACAGCAACUUGGCAUCGAUGUUAAUAGAUCAGGUACUGGUAAAUCUGCGGAUGAGCCGGAGAACGAACGUGGUGCAAAAUAACAGGGACGAGAAUGGAGAAGCGGCCGCUACAGAAUUUAUGACAUGCAAUUUAGUGCCCGUGGCUCAGGAUGGGUUUUUUAGUCUGUGCUCGCGGUGCUCGGCUUUAGACUUAUAGGUAUCUUUGCGGAUAUGCGGGCCACCCUCCUCCUGACAUGAGGUUUUAUGUGCAUAGUAAAAAUUUUGAACGUACUGUGAUACGUGAAUUUCAUGUUCAUGCUGUAGAUAAAUGCAUAUAGGUACUUCAUGCUUUCUUGAGAAGAUGCGCUGGAGUAUCUGAC